GAGUUAGUCCUCACAUCGGUCUUCCUUGUUUAGCUGCUUCGGCCACAACACAAGGUGGGGCGCAAAACAGUCUGCUGCUGGUCUAAUUUAUAUCUAACUUUCUAUCGCAACGCUGUAUGGCGGGUGACUUUGCAAACAAGUGAAACAAGUACUAGGAGGUGUCACUGUGAGGCGUCAUGGCCUCAAGUAAAAACAAGAACCAGACGUCUCUGGCGCUCCACAAGGUGAUCAUGGUGGGCAGCGGUGGCGUUGGAAAAUCUGCCCUCACGCUGCAGUUUAUGUACGACGAGUUUGUGGAAGAUUAUGAGCCCACCAAGGCCGACAGCUACCGGAAGAAGGUGGUCCUAGACGGGGAGGAUGUACAGAUCGACAUUCUGGACACGGCGGGGCAGGAGGACUACGCCGCAAUCAGAGACAACUACUUCCGCAGCGGGGAGGGCUUCCUGCUCGUCUUUUCCAUCACAGAAUACGAGUCCUUCGUGGCCACAACAGAGUUAAGGGAGCAGAUUUUGCGUGUGAAGGAAGAGGAGACCAUUCCUAUGCUGCUGGUGGGGAAUAAGUCAGACCUGGAGGACCGGCGAAAGGUUCAUGUUGAGGAGGUGGUGGAAAAAGUCAACGAGUGGCGUGUUCAGUAUGUGGAGACCUCAGCCAAGACCAGAGCCAAUGUGGAUAAGGUGUUCUUCGACCUAAUGCGUGAGGUGCGCAUGAAGAAAAUGGCUGAGGGCAUGGACAAAAAUGGGCCAAGCGGAAAGAAGAAGAAAAAACGCUGCUACAUUCUUUAGCACGCUAAAGAACAUGCUGAGAACACAAAUGCUGCAGACGGCCGACAAUCACUGAGCCAGUUCUUCUUAAUCCGGACCACCACUUCAGCCUGAAAUCAUGUCACAAGAAGUAGCUGGAGUGGCCUGUUACUCAUCAGAACACAGCUCACGCUUGUGGUUCUCGGAAACAGUCCCAAGCAUCAACUUACCUGCGUGUGGACCUUUGCUUGUUUCUGUUCUCGUCACCGAUUCACGUCACGCUUUUUGAUUCUGAACAAAUUUUACAUUCUCCCCACGCUUCAGCAUGUACCUUCUAAAUGUCAAAAAGGUCACAUAUGGCUCAACCUGUGUAUUCACUACAGACAUAACAUGGCAAAAACAUGAAUUGAUAAUAAAAGGACCUCACUUGUGUUUUGUGUUUUGAAA